AUGAGGCUACUACACGGUGUAUACUUCACGAUAUUUGCCGUCGUUUCCGUGUGUGGUGGCAAUCCGGACGCAAAGCGACUGUACGACGAUCUGCUCAGCAACUACAACAAGCUUGUCCGGCCGGUAGUAAAUGUCACCGAUGCGCUAACGGUCAAAAUCAAGCUCAAGCUGUCCCAGCUGAUCGAUGUGAACUUGAAGAACCAAAUCAUGACCACGAAUCUGUGGGUGGAGCAGACCUGGUACGACUACAAACUGAAGUGGGAACCGAAGGAGUAUGGUGGCGUGGAGAUGCUGCACGUACCCUCCGAUCACAUCUGGCGGCCGGACAUCGUGCUGUACAACAAUGCGGACGGUAACUUCGAGGUGACGCUCGCGACGAAGGCAACGCUUAACUACACGGGCCGGGUGGAAUGGCGCCCGCCGGCCAUCUACAAAAGUUCGUGCGAAAUCGACGUCGAGUACUUCCCGUUCGAUGAGCAGACGUGCGUGAUGAAGUUCGGCAGCUGGACGUACGAUGGAUUUCAGGUGGAUCUACGCCACAUUGACGAAAUGAACGAUACGAACGUCGUCGAGGUCGGUGUCGAUCUGUCCGAAUUCUACACGUCUGUCGAAUGGGACAUCCUGGAGGUACCUGCCGUAAGAAAUGAAAAGUUUUACACGUGCUGCGACGAACCGUACCUCGACAUUACGUUCAACAUUACAAUGCGCCGCAAGACGCUGUUCUACACCGUCAACCUUAUCAUACCCUGCAUGGGCAUCAGCUUCCUCACCAUACUGGUGUUCUAUCUGCCAUCGGACAGCGGUGAGAAGGUAUCGUUAAGCAUAUCCAUUCUGCUAUCGCUGACUGUGUUUUUCCUGCUGCUGGCGGAAAUCAUUCCGCCCACAUCGUUGGUGGUCCCGCUGCUCGGCAAGUUCGUCCUGUUCACGAUGAUACUGGACACGUUCAGCAUAUGUGUGACCGUGAUCGUGCUCAACAUCCAUUUCCGGUCGCCCCAAACCCAUACGAUGGCACCGUGGGUAAGGACUAUCUUCAUCAACCAUUUGCCCAAACUGCUCGUAAUGCGUCGCCCGAUCUACCAACCGCUGCAUCACUUCAGUGCCGCCUCCCAGCGGUUCAUGCUGCGUUCGUGCAACAGCCUCGGUGACCAUAUUCCGCCACUUCCGCCCACGAUCGCAUUCGAUCCGUCGGUACUGCUUGAUCACCAUUUGCUCGAUUCCAGUGAAAGCCUCAAUACCUGCCGACUGCACGGUAGCCCGACGCACCUUCACAAUCAUCGGUCGGGCGGUGGUCGACACCAUCACCAUCAUCACCAUAACGCGCUGGUCCGUGGCAUGGACCUGAUGGAUGAUAUGCCGCUGCCAUACCACGACCACAACCACCACAACUCGCCGAUGUCACCGAUCAACUUUAAUCUGCUCAGUACGGCUAGUACGGCGGUACCGAAUCCACAGACCAUUACCGGUGCCACCACCGGUACGGGGUUACUAGAUCCGAACAGCACCUUUCACAAGAGCCUUGCAGCGGCCAACACAAACGACAGCAAGGCAAACGCCAACCUGAUGCUGAAAGGUACCGCCGCAACUGGUGGCGGUCACUUGAGCUGCUGCAACAGUCUGUUCCUGAACGAUCUGCAACAGGCGGCUACGGCCGCGGUUACUACCGGUGCGACGACAGCCGAUUUACUGCUGGCCGAUAAUGGUGUCGCGGUACCGCUCAACAACAAUCUGCCCACCAACGUGCUGCCGAGCGGGAUGAUUAUCAACACGACCGAUACGGGUACGACGGUACCGACGGGGGCGGCAUCGGGUGGCAAAGGUGACAAGGCGGGCCAGAACCGUAACCGGUGGCUGGAAUGCCCCGAGCUGACCAAGGCGAUGGAUGGGGUGACGUACAUUGCUGACCACACACGGAAAGAGGAGGAAAGCUCAAGGGUCAAGGAGGACUGGAAGUAUGUCGCUAUGGUUCUCGAUCGGCUGUUUCUGUGGAUCUUCACGAUAGCGGUCGUGUUCGGUACGGCAGGGAUAAUUCUGCAGGCACCAACACUCUACGAUACGCGCGUUCCGAUCGACAUCAAGAUGUCGGAGAUUGCCACGACGACGGCGAAGCCUUACAUCGCCAAACCCAUACUAUAA